AGAGCGAUAUCUCUGGUUAUCUUCAUGACAGCUCCAGCUUUUAUGAAGCCUUGGUGAGAACCGUGGAGAGUCAACCCCUCCACUAGCGCGCCACUUGUGUCCCCCACAAACCUGAUAAACCAGACAGACAGACUGAGAGAACUUGUGACCAAACAGCAGCAGCAGCAGCAGCAGUCGUUCGGUUUGCUCUUUGAGAGAUAAAACACAGGACUGCACACACACGGCACCCUCAAUCUCUUCAGCUUCACACACAGACAACAUGGACUGCGGGAUUUUCACGUCCAAGACCGUGCUCCUCUUCCUGAGCUUAAUAUUUUGGGCUGCGGGAGGGCUGAUGGCCUAUGUAGGAGCCUAUGUGAUCAAGAGUUAUGACAACUUUAACGACUUCAUCCAGGACAAAUACACUCUGAUCCCAGCAGCGAUCAUCGUCGGCGUCAGCGUUGUAAUGUUCAUUUUCGGCCUGCUGGGAUGCUUCGCAACAAUCAGGGAGUCCAGAGUCGGCCUUAGCUUUUUCUUCUUCUUCAUCAUGGUGAUCUUUGUGGCUGAAGUUGCUGCUCUGGUGUUCAGCUUCAUCUACCAAAACAAAAUAAGUGGAGACUUGCAGUUAUCCAUGAAUGACGUCUUUACUAAGUAUGAUGGGGAGGAUGCAGAGACCAAAGCUGUGGAUUAUCUACAAAGUCAGUUGCAGUGCUGUGGUGUCAGAAAUUACACCAGCUGGUCCACUACGGCCUGGUUUGCCAGCCACAACAACACAGUUCCCCUGAGCUGCUGUAAAAACUCUUCUGCUACACAGUGCACAGGCAGACUGGACCAGCUCGACCUGAUCAACACUGAGGGCUGUGAGUCUAAGCUGGAGGUCCUCCUACAGGAUGUGUUGGGUUAUGCCAUGCUGGUCAUCCUGGGCUUUGCUAUCAUCAAGUUCUUCGGGAUGCUGAGCGUGUGUGUGAUCACCUGUCGAGCCGGCAGUCGGAGGAGUGGUUACCAGCCUCUAUAUGCCUGAUACACCUCUUACAGCUGCCCUACACCUCCUCAUGUUGCUUUGCUGAAGACAAAAUCAGCAAUGUAUAGAAGCAUCAUUGUACAAAUCUGAAUUUUAUUUUGUUUAUGGCACAUAUAUAGUAUGUAGAAAAUCUGUUUUUAGUUGAAAGGGGAUCAUGAAAGAAUUCUUCCUCUAUAUAUAUCAGUAAAUUAUCCCUAGAUUUAUUAAAUUAUUUAACUUAAUAUAGUUAUGGCUUUUAUUGGAUUAGCCUUAACCUCCCUCUUUGAAGACAGCUAAAGGUGUCUGUCGUGUUGUUGCAAAGAUGUGGCCUUUGAGGUAACAAAUGUUAGAAGACACUGUUUAUUGAUAAAAAGGUAGAAAAUGUUGAUCUCUGCUGUAUUUAGUUUGCUAAAAGACUGUUUCUUUAAUGUUUCUGUUGGUUUUUGUAAUCCUGGUACAACACUGUGAUAUUACAGGGGAGAAAUGUGACAGAAUAGAGAACUGUUUUGGGGCCUACUUGUACAUCUUGCUGUGCCAUUUCACUCUUCUGUGUUGUGUAGAUAUUCUAUAAGGCAAUGUUAUUCUUUGGAAUAUAUUAAAAUGAAAA